AUGGCUGCCAUUUGGGAGGUUGUGGGUGGAGCCGACAAGGGUGGCAUCCUCGUCCGUGAAAGCUCGGACCUGUCCUCCGCCAUUUUGGACCGCCGCUUGGCGACGGGUGCCAAAGUGAAGGAAGUUCAGUGGCAAGACGGCCGCCUGGGCUACGAACUCGUCUCAGGCACCGGUCCCGCCAAGGGAUGGGUGACGGUGAAUCUAAAGGGCAAGGACCUUUUGGUACAGCUUGAGAAAGAGCUGGCUGAGUCCACCAGUGAGGGCGAGAUCCAGGUGGAAGCAAGCAGCGAGUCAGACGUGGCCAGCCCGACCGGCAAGGUGAACGAGAAGGAGCCCUCGAAUGACGAGAAGGAAGCCCUGAAGCAGUACCUGGACAAGUUCGGUGAGAACAGGACAGGCUCCAACCCUGGCUUCAACCGCAAGGCCUUCCCCUGGGCAGUGAACCACGCAGCAAAACGCACCACCCCAAAGGAAGCUAUCGAGGCGGCUCUCAUGGCGCCGAAGCCGAAGAAGGAGCGCAAGUCUGCACCGACGGAUGUGGAUUCCGAGGGCGAAGAGGUGCCAUUGUGCUGCAGGUGCCUGAUGCCGGUUGGGGAGUUUGCCUAUGAGGGUCGCGAAGGCCGUGGCAGCUGCGUCCAUGCAGAGUGCAUGGCACAAGUCCUAGUGGACGAUGCCCAGAGGCAGGAGGACCGACGCAUGGGCUGGGAGGCGGAGAAGAAGCUGAAGAGCCGCAAGGAGUACGAGAUCGGUUGGGUCAUGGACAGUGUUCCCAAGAACACGACCUGGGCUGAGCGCAUGGGUUGCAGCGCCACUCCUCAGGGUUUGUGCUGCCUUGUGUUCGAUGAGGUGACCCGGACUGUGAAGGUUGCACCAACUUUGGAGCCUGCUGCCGCAGUGAACCUGGAGUACCUGCUGUUGGCUUUGAAGGUGCGCAAGACAGCCUCCCGCGAGCCGUUGUUCUCCCUUGACCCAGUCGACCCACAGAACCUUGAGAAAACUCCGCAGAAGAAGGUGUAUGAACCCAGCUGGCUGGCCGGCACUAGCGUGGGUGAUGUCAUGUUCCAAGCCGACUACUUCUUGAAGGAGCUUGCCCUCGGCGAGUACGAGAUGCCUGUUUCCGGCAUGCUGAGCGUCUUUGAUUGGUCCGAGCUUUCCGACAAGGACAAAGCCUGGGCGGGGCGAGAGUGGUACGUGGUGAAGAAGGCCGAGGUGAGGUUAGCGCAGGACAAGACCCUGGUCCCUUUCGUGAAGAUGGGUGUGGAAGCCCACGAGCAAGUUGUUACCAAGAAGGGCCUGGAAGAUGCGGCGGUCACGGCUUCCACGCAUCCUCUGAAGAAGUUCGCGGACGCCUUCACUCGCAACUUCGACUUGAUAGCGGAGCGCAAGAGCGUAGUCUACCAUGUCCGGGAGUUGGCGAAGGCGUCCGUGCUGGCUAAAUACUUGGUCGACUCUCACACGCGCCUGGAUCCAUCUUGGUACCGGCUCGCCGACGAGAUUGUGAAGUCCACGCCGAAGGAAGCACAUCCAGAGAUCCCGCAGCUGUGGAACAUGCGCGGCAACUCCCGCAUUCAGCUGAAGAAUGGCCGGCUCAUUGAUAUGUUCACUGGUGGCCAGCGCAAUCUGCAGGCCAUCUACGGUGGUGUGGAGUUCGGGCUCGACCGCUUUGAGCUGGCACAGCGCCAUGCCCUCCAGGGCCAGACGGGUAUGCAAUUGGGGCAGUCGGGCCGACCCAUGUUCAUGCCCCAGCGAUUCCAGCUCGGACAACGGGCAGAGAUGCCGCAGGGUACAGAGUACAAGGAGUUGUUGGUCAAGGUCUUCGGCUCCCCGCAGUGCGACCGCACAGGCGAGGGUGAUUCUUUCAUCCCUCCGGAUCCCAACAUGGAGUACGCCGCCAAGCUCCGUAGCCUCAUCCACGAGGAGAAGUCCCUGCUGGAGCGCCGCAAGCUGCACUUCUUCGACCGCAGCUUCAAGGCAGGCAACCCGGGUACAGACUUCCCUCGCUCUUGGACAUCGCGCUUCCAGAUCGAGAAGGAUGGCGUGGCCCCCAAGUUCGAGGUCUCCAACAAGUCUGGCUUGAGCAAGGUUGAGUUCGACGACAGCUUCCGCAAAGUCUUGGUCUCCGACAUUCUGCCGACGGCAGCACCUGAGUUCAAGCAGAUCACGGAGGAUGGCACUGUGUUCCGCAUCUACCACAUCGGCAGCCUCGAGGUGCGUACCACGGAAGAGAAAUUCGGCGAGGAGCAGGUGGGCGUCCUGUUCUCGACGUCUGCACCUACCUGGAAUCUGGCAUCUAAAGACAGGUCCCAGAGCGUCGCUGACGGCGAGAAGAUUCAGAAUUGCAAG